AACUGGAAGACUGAAAUCAUGAAGUAGCGUUUUGGGGUUCUGUAUUUUUUCUUUUUUUUUCUGCAAAAACGUGCCUUUUCAAUGGAAGAAUAAAUCGCGAAUAGGCCUAUAGGCUAUAUUUUAAUGAACGUUACCAGCUGAAACACAUGCACCCACCCUCAUAGUAACGGGCUUUGUGUAUCCCAUCUUGAGAAGCGAAAACGAUACUAAAUUCACAGCUUUUAGGUCUAUUAAGUUAACUCUUCGAAAUGGUCUUUGAUUUUACUUCAAUUUUCAUGGUUUAAAAGAGCGCAUUUUUGGAUUUCAUCAAACAAACGCGCUCUACUAAAUCAUGAGUUUUUUGAUCGUUUAUUUAUUGAACCGUGAAUAUGAUUCAUAAAUCUUUUUUCUUCUUCCUGUGGAUUUGGAUUUGGUUCUCACGUGUUUCUGUUUGUGUUUCAGGUGAUACAGAUGAAGUGAAGUCAGUGUCAGUGAUGGAGGGAGAUUCUGUCACUCUAAACACUGAUGUUAAAGUACAGAAGGAUGAUCAGAUAUUGUGGGUUUAUAGACUUGACAGUUCAAACAUUCGUAUAGCUGAAAUAUAUAAGCAGAUCAUUGAUCUGUAUGACAGUGAAGUAAUGUUUGGAGACAGACUGAGCAUGGACAGACAGUCUGGAUCUGUGACCAUCAGAAACAUCAGAACCACAGACUCUGGACUUUAUAAACUGAGCAUCUUCAGCAGAAGUAGCUCCUACAGGAGUUUCAGUGUUAAUGUCUAUGCUCAUUUACUGAUUCCUGUCAUCAUCAGAGACUCUUCAAACUGUUCAUCAUCAUCAUCAUCUGAACGUUCAUCAGUGUCCAGAUGUUCACUGGUGUGUUCAGCUGUGAAUGUGAGUCAUGUGACUCUCUCCUGGUACAAAGGAAACAGUUUAUUGUCCAGCAUCAGUGUGUCUGAUCUCAGCAUCAGUCUCUCUCUACCUCUGGAGGUGGAAUAUCAGGAUAAAAACACCUACAGCUGUGUGAUCAACAAUCCCAUCAGAAACCAGACUCAACAUCUGGACAUCAGUCAACUGUGUCAGACUCACACAUGUUCAGAACUGAAGUCAUCACAUUGGGUGGGAAUAUUAGUUAGUUUAGUGAUACUGGCUGUAUUAGCUGUGCCGGCAAUAAUCUUUCUCAGAAGGAAGAGCAAACAACCAACAAAAAAUGAUCUGACAAUCACAGAGUCUGAAUACACACAGAUCAUCUACUGUCUUCAGAUGGGAGGUCUGCCACAGAAACUAUUGCUGCAUGUGGGCAGAACAGAGACAGCUGUGAACUAUCAACAGGUGAAACUCAAAAGGCAGAUAUGAAGAGAAUAUCACUUAGAUUUAGAGUUCCUGUAGGAGUCACUGAAUUAUAUUGUCUUUUGUAUU